AAACCACCGGGACAUAUGGACAAACAUCAGAUGAUAAAGGGGGAUAACAGCAGUCAAUCACACCGGCGGACUUCACCAACGCCCUCCCGUUGCCCUCCAGGUGCAGUCAGACCUUACAACAGAAACAUUUUUCUACCCGACGACAACACCAUGGCUAGCGCUGCACCUCCUGGGUAUUCGCCGAUUUCGACAUCCUCCACAGACCAGACUGCGUUUGGGGUCAUGGGACCCGGUGAUACCUCAGAGGGUUCUAACCUCCCCAAAAGAAAUGAUGUAGUAACUACUACACCCCAGCAAAUAGAGAUACAAAUGGCCCAGCAGAUGGCAUAUGGUCCUAGAGAGGUGGUGACUGUAACUGAACCUCCCACUCACUGUGGCCUGGUGGUGUCUGUGCUGAGCUCCAUCUUCUGUUGUAUCAUUUGCGGCUUCACGGGAAUGAUCUUUUCGUGGAAGGCUCGCAUGUACGUCCUCAACAACAAACUCGAGCACGCGCGCCACUCACUCGUCAUCGUCUGGAUCCUCCUUGGCUUUGCCAUCUUCUUUGGUAUCAUCACCUGGAUACUGGUCGUCAUCUAUGGUAUCUUCGGAACCAGAACUUUAUUUGCCACCCGUCACUGCAACAGCAAUGGUUGCUAUUACAGUGACUGAUUAUGUCUUCGUCAUGAAGUGGCAUACAGUCCGUUAUGACAAUGUUUUAAUGUCAUGGUGGUCAAAUAUAUUUCACACACACACACACACACACACUAUCUCUUUUGCAACUAUUAGUUUACACUGAAAGUGUCAGAAUUUUGAACACACAAAUUUUGUU